CCAAUACAGAAGAACCACUCGCGGAGCUAGGAGUCGUGCGAAGAAUAGUGUUCCGCCAGAUCCAAAUCCUUUUAAGGUUAUUUCUUUACCUGUUCGGAGACUUUUCUGCAAUACUUAAAGAAAAGAAGGAAAAGCAAUCUACUAGUUUACUUUAAAGAGUAAAGGAGUAUCACUGGAUUAAAGUUGUUUUCUCUAGUUGUGAAAACUUUUCACGGGAUAUUUCUCAAAAAUGUUGUGAAAGUUUUUUAGUGAAGAAAAGUUUUUGGAGUAAAAAGUUUUACCUACAUGGUUAUACGGAGAGUUUCGGUUUAAACUUUCUAACUUCGCGCACACAUUAAUCAUGGAAUUUGUGCGUUUAUGUUUGGUCUUGAGCUUAAUUGUGACUGCUGCUCUGCAAGUUUCUUGUUCAGAUACUGUUUAUGAAGCUCUAGGAAGACAGCCUGAUUUAAGCAAGUUUCAAGAAAUGGUCAAUCGAGAUGAAGUGUUGAGGAAGCUGCUACAGUACUGGCCAGUAACAGUCUUCGCCCCCACAAAUGACGCCAUAGAAAGAAAUAAUGAAUGGGUUGUAGGUAGAGAAAACGAAGUGGUAGCCUACCACGUCCUAAAUUUAGUGGCUGAGAAAGACAUGUUUCCUUUCAAGGCUGCAUCAACAUUGACAGGAUCUCCUCCUUUGUAUCUUAAUUACAGAGAAGGGGCAGGAUUUUGGAAAGAAUAUUUUGUGAAUAAUGCUAAAAUCACUCGCUCCGAAGAGUUCGCUUCCAUGGAAGGAUUCAAACAGCUUUUAUACGUAAUAGAUGAAAUUCUACAACCUUUUGUUUCCAGUAGAUCCCUCCCACCCACAGCUUUCGAGCUUUUAGAAAAACCAGAUCUCUAUGAAAUCCGAGAACCCCUAAGUGCAUUUAAUUAUCGAGUAAACCAAGAAGAACUGAAAGAACUAUUUCAGCGAGAAGGCAACCACACAUUUUUCCUUCCAGUUGGAGCAGGAACAGGACACAGCUUGACAUGGAGCAGAAACAGGCAACAGGAAGUUGACAAAUGGGUAAUACGCGGUCAUGUAAUACCCAAACAUGUCCUGUUUACACGAUUAGUCACAGUUGACAGUUAUCCUAGUGAAGCUUAUGAUAAAGAUAUUAAAGUAGAAUUAUCCAUCAUUAAUGAAUCGAAAGCCUUGGGGAACUCAUAUGUUUUGUACGCUCAAAGCAACACAAUUAUCAGCAAUUAUCGGCACAAGAAAGGAGUUGUAAUGGCAAAGAUUUUAAAACCAAACAUUCCAGUUGAAAAUGGUGUUGUUCAUUUAAUUGAGAGUCCACUCAUGAUUGUUGACAUUUCAGUUUGGAAAUUUCUUGAGAAUGAGAAACAAGGCAGAUUACAGGAAUUUCUAAAUAUUAUUGAAUACGCUAAAAAGUUUAAAAACCUUGUAGAUAGUUCUUUUGAGAAGACAUUGUUCGCUCCUUCUAAUGAAGCAAUUUGCCAAAUACCAAAGGAUGUUCUAGAAGUCCUUAAAAUGAACGAAACAGCUCUCCUGAAUCUUUUAAAAUUACAUUUAGUGAAUCAAAGCAUAUCCAGUGAUGAUGUUUUAACAGGGCGACAGAAAGAGUUCCUGUCGAACGACAACAGAAACAGUCUCUAUUUUCGUAUCUUAGGAGAUGAAAAAAAUAAAACACUUACAGUUGACGGUGGAGGUGUAAAAGCAGCUGCAAUACAACCAGAUAUUGGUGCAACAGAUGGAAUGAUUCACAUCAUAGAUCGCUUUCUUGGAAUGCCUUAUCAGACAAUGUAUUUGAAGCUUCAGACAGAUCCUGAUAUGAGCAUCACGUAUCAAAUGUGUGAGCAAGAUGAUUGGUGCGCACUACUGGAUGAAAGUGAUAAACGGUUCACAUUCUUUGUACCGGGAAACGAAGCUUGGCAUCAUCUCAAACAUGAAAUGCCCACAGAGUUCAAGCAGCUCACAAUGGGAGUAUUUCCAUACCAUGUCCAUAAAAUUCUUGAUCGUCAUCUUGUUGUGAAUAGAGAACUGAGAGCAUCUGAUUUAGAACGAACAAAAGAAAUACAGAUGGUACACAGUCAUUUUAAAGUCAAGCAUAGCAGUUAUCCAAAAGAAAUGGGCAAUUUAUCCGAAGGUUUGCCUCCUAUGGGUGAGUUUCUUUUAGAAUGGGAAGGCAUUGAAGCUCGCAUCAUCCGCCCAGACAUACAAGCUGUGAAUGGCGUCAUCCACGUCAUCGACCGCGUCAUGAUGAAAAGGCGAGAUCUUACAAAAUCAGGUUCACCCAUCGGUACUCAGAGCACUGAUUUCUUACCAAUCCUAUUAGCUUUUAUUUUAGUUACUAUUCUUUUCUGAAGACCAAAAUACUUAGACUGAACAAACACACCAGCACACAAAAAUGGAACAAAGUGCUUCAAGUAAAAGAUGAACAGAAAUUGAAGUUUCUAUUUACUUAAAGUGUGCUUCGAUGGCUUUCAAUGCCGGAGAACCUGUGUUCAGAACAUAUUGGACAACUUGGGAACAUGUUUAUGCCAUAUUCAAACAUUUAAAUUGAAAAUUAAAUUUGGUUCCAUUGGAUGAAAUUAUUCGAUUGUGCGCCGAAAAAUUAGUCUGGCCAGUUAUUUAAACAUGCAUAUAUAACAAAUAGGAGCUAUUAAAAAACAUGCUUUGCAACUAGAAUUCGAAGUUGGUAGAGUGAAAUGAAGAAAAAAAAAGUAAUAAUAAUAAUAAAAUAUUUAUAAUAAUGAACGUCCAAACAAUCUUGAGAAAAAAAAAGAGACUUGAUUGUGUCAGGAAAAUGUGAAAAGCUUCUGUAUCAAAGUUUGUUAUGUUAAAAAUUGAGAAUAAUAUUUCUAUGUUUGAAUUGGAAUCAGUUGUGUUGCCCAGUCGUGAAAUGUUUAUCAGUGUUAAUUGUUUUAUUACGAUGUGAAUUAAAUUGUUUAAAAGCCACUAAAA